AAAUUUGGCCAAAGUAGAAAAGAAAACGCAAUUUUUGCAUCAUUAUUGUAAACACUUGAAUUGGCAUGAACUAGCUGGAAUAUUGGUCCUGCUCUCUUUCCUCAGCUGCUUCAAAUGUGAUGCGAGAAAAAGAGAAGAGUUCGGCAUCAAGCAGCUCCCUCCAUCGGAUGACAUUUAACAUUUUUAAACCAAUAAGACUCUAUGAAAUUUCAAGUCAGAAUAGACUUUAUUCAACAUUUCGUUUUUUUUUCUGUUGUUUGGUUGAAUCUGAGCUACGGCGAUUUUUGUUAACAAUUGAUUUUUCAUUCGCAAACCACACAUAUUUCCGACUAUUCCGAACUUGUUGACAGUGAUCGAUAUUUUUUUCAAUGUUCAGUUUAUUCUAAGGUUGUGAGAAUUAUUCGCCAUCAAAUCGUCUAUUCUAAAUCAAUUGGUGUGUUGAUAUAAUUAGUGAAAUCAUGCUAUUCGAAACAUGUAUCAUAUGUGGAAUCGUGUUCGCCUUAUGGUCUAUCGGAAAAUUGUUGAUGCUGUUCGAUAUUGUACACGUACCAAAGAAACGAGUACAUAUCUGGCGCCAUGUAAAACAUUUGAAUCGAGCAUGUUACUGUUCAAUUUGCGAGAUAAUGUUAACGUCCAGCGGGUUUUAUUGUGAAGCUUGUGGUGUAUGCUCUGACACACUUUGUAUCACGAUGGCUGAAAAAGUGUUGAAAUGUAAAGUAACCUCAACGGACUUGGUGGUGAAACCAAGUGAUGGAUUGGAACCAGUUGUUAGUGAACAACAGCAUCUAUGGGUGAAGGGAAAUCUAACACAAUGCUAUACGUGCUACAUUUGUGAUCGUGUUGUUGAUUAUCAUGGACGACCUGGAUUGUAUGGCUAUCGAUGUUGUUGGUGUCAGCGUAGCACUCAUGUUAAUUGCUUUGUAAAAACCGCCGAUGACAAAGUCUGUGAUUUUGGUACCUUCAAGGAUAUGAUCAUUCCACCAAACCAUGUAUUCGUUAAGCAUCGUCGCCUUCAUCAUCAAGUCACCCAUUUUCUACAGCCCGAUUGGCCUGAUUGGAAACCACUUAUUGUUGUCGCAAACAAUAAAUCGGGUGAUAAUACGGCUGAAAAUGUGAUUGCUGUGUUCAGAAGCGUAUUGAAUCCCAUUCAAAUAUUCGAAUUAAGCUCAUCGGGACCGAAUACAGCGCUUAAUUUGAUAAGUAAAAUCCGAUCAACGCCUUGCCGUAUACUAGUGGCUGGUGGAGAUGGUACUAUCGGUUGGAUACUGAACGAAAUAUCGCGAAAAAAUAUUCAACCGAUUCCAGAAGUUUGUAUCCUACCGAUUGGUACGGGCAACGAUCUAUCUCGUGUUCUUGGUUGGGGUGGUGUUCCACCAGCUGUUUUAAAUCCAGCCGAACUGUGCGAAAAAAUUCGUAGCGCUGAAACAGUACAAUUGGAUCGUUGGCUCGUCGAAAUUGAAGGUCAUUCGACACGUCGACUGCAUAUGAGUUGGUUACCUCAUCGUAAACUGCACACGUACAACUAUUUUAGCGUGGGUGUUGAUGCACAAGUCACAUUCAAUUUCCACAAAGCUCGUGAGAGCCCAUUUUAUAUGAUAAGUAGCCGAAUUUUUAACAAGAUUUUAUAUUUAUGCUUCGGAACACAUCAAGUGGUUCUACCCGAUUGUGUUGGUCUUGAGAAGAAAAUUGACGUUUACUUGGAUGGUGAGAAAAUCGAUUUGCCCGAAUUACAAGCGGUCGUCUGUAUAAAUAUCGAUUCUUGGGCUGCAGGUGUAAAUUUGUGGGUGAUGAGCGCUGAUGAAGACGAUCCGGUUAAAUCAAGUAUAUCGGAUGGUGUGAUCGAAGUGAUGGGCAUUGUGUCAUCAUUUCAUAUGGCCCAAUUACAAGUCGGUCUCAACAAACCGAUCCGAUUGGGUCAGGCGCGUAGCGUUCGCAUUCGAAUGCGAGAAUCAUUUCCAGUACAGGCCGAUGGUGAACCAUGGAUUCAAGCGCCUAGCGAGGUGAAUAUUUCGUGCGAUGGUCAAGCAAAAAUGCUGCAGUAUUCCUCUUAACAAAACUCAUUUAUGAAAAUAUACAACAAACCCGAUGACAAAUCAAUUCGAUGAUGAUAUAAAUUCCAAAGUUUACCUGACACUUUAAUAUGUAGUUGAUUGAUUGAUUGAUAUUCUGUUUUGAUUGUUUUUUAAUCAAUGUCAUUAUUUUAUUCUCUUUAUUUAAGCCCAGGUUGAUUUAUGCGCUUUAUUUGUAAAUGUUGUGAAUUUCGAGAGCUUUAUUUUAAAUUAUAUUGUAAAAUAUUCAUUUAUUGGAUAAAGUUACCAAAGUAAAUUUAGUUAUUAAGCCAAUGAAUCUCAUUUAUUUCCAUCUCCUGCAAUAUAUGAGUAUUGUUUUUUCGCUCCAUUUUCCAUGUUUUCCAAAUGUCCGAAUGUAUUAGCCGGGAAAAAAAAAACAAUUAGCUAAUUGAACAAAAUUUUACAUCAUCUAUGAUUAUUUGUAAGUGCCAUUCAGACUCAUAUUUGUAUUGUAUUGUAUUGUAGUUAUUUCUGCUAACAAAAGCGAAUUCGUGUGGAUAUUUCAUAUCUACUAUAAAUAUAGAAAUUGUCGAAUUUUUUUUCCCUUCAUUUUGUUGGUCUAAUGUAUUUAUGAAACUUUUGCCGAUAUGAAUAAAUUAUUUUCUUUUUUUUCUUCA